GGCAGAGGUUGAAUGGAACAGGUGAGACCACUGGGGUUUAUUAGACGGAGAGGUUGGAUUGAAUAGCUAGAAGCGCCCGCCCGUGGAAAGAGGCGUCGCCCCGACGUGGUCCUACCCUGAAGACGUUUGCGCCAUGAAGGGGGCUCUACUGUGUGUUUUGGUCCUGCUGAUGGCUAUCGGUGGAGGCGCCUCUAGGCAGACGGAGGGAGAGGAAUUGUGCCGCAACUGGCUGUACGGGUCGGAGCCGCCGUCGGUGGGGGCCUUUCAAUGCGUGGAGGAGCGCGACGGGGCGGGCUCCCGGUUCUGCUGCGGGACGUGCAGCCCGCCCUGCUCUUGCUCCUUGGGAGAGGCCCCUAUAUGCGAGCAGCGGCGCCCCACGGGCAGAAGGCUGCAGGCUGUCACCCAGGGCCGGGGCGAGGUGGGACCUGAUCAUGACUGGUGGAAUAUGUUUUUGGUUAUCGGUGCAGCCAUUGUGGUGGUUACAGCUUUCUAUUGGAUUUACUAUUUUUAUUUCCGGAACCAAUUCUGGGAGAGAUCAUACAGUGAGGAACGUCAGCAGUUCCAUCUGGAGAAUCUCCUCCCUACAAGGCGCUCUACCAUUAACUUACUUCACCGCUUUAGUGCCUGCUUGAGACGAGCUCUGCCAACAUUUGGUUCUGAGGACCUUCAAGAUACCUAUAAGGACCUUUCAGAAGGCUGUGACAAUUCUCCUGCACAGGACAAUGCACCUGCUGUGGAGUUCCAUCGUGGGAGCACCGGUGACGGGGCGGUCAUCUUGCCUGCAGCAUGUUUUCCAGUUGGGGUUACUCCCAGGGACAUCUUAGAGCUACGCUUGGAAAAUGCAUCUUAAGCUCUCCGGUCUAAAGGAUGUUGUCCUCUAAUUUAAAUAGUUAAGCAAGACAGUUGAAGCACUACCCCGCUAGUCACAGCACACUUUCAGGGUCAAGGAAAUGAACUAAUCGUAUAUGUUUUUAAUGAUGUGUGUCAAAGCUACCCAUUGGGGUGUCCUCCAGGUGUUGUUGGGACUGCAGCUUGCACCAUCAGCCAAGGUGCCACUGGCCAUGUUGAUGGCAGCUGGGAGUUCAACAAUAUCUGAAGGGAGCCACAUUUGUCAACUCCUGAUUUAUAUUAAUAAGGUGGACUAUUCUUUUAGAUGUAAUGCUUCCUUCAUGAAUGCUGUCCUCCACCUUUUGCAAACAAGAAACUGGCAUGUUGUAAUUGGGUGUUUGCUAGACUCCUGGCUCCCCAAUUCAUGCAAUAGAUUAGGGGGAGCUCCUUGGAGACAAAAUGUUUCCCAGUGGAUCAUUAAAUUUAAGAGAACUACUUUAACCAGAAGGCGUGUUUUAAUACUUUUCACUCUGGCAACAAAAGGCUGAAGCUAAGUUGCCUGGACACUACACUGUUGUUCACAUGCUCAAGGACAGAACUGUGGACUAUUAAAUGCUUUGUCUUCAGUUGCAAAUGCAGUUGAUAGUUAUCUAACUCUGAUGACUCUAUCUCUAAGGCCCAGUAGUAUAGGUUUAUGUGGGAUGACUUGUGUUAUGUCCAAAAUAUUGGGGCAGGGGGAUAGAUGUUGCCAAGAGCACCCACCAAAUCCUAUGGGCAGAGCUAGUUCUGUGCUAUCAUUUUGUAGCUCAUUAGAGAGACCACUGACCAGGCAAUGCCCAGAGGCUGCUCCUGAAACAAAUGCUGCAAACAUUGCCCAUGAAGACAUGACGAAGUAUUGUUCAGCUGCCACAUGAAGCACACUCAGGUAGGCAAUGCCUUUGUACCUCCUAGUGGGAUAUACUUUGGGUCAACUUAUCUGUGUAUCAUUCUUUGUGACUGUUCCUGCUGGAGACUUGUUGCUGUCUGCUACACAUUGGCACAAGCCAGGGUAUCUCUCAUGGGGUUUAUAUGCCAGAUGGUACCCCCUGGCUUUUUAAAACAUGAUGAUUGUAUGACCUCUUCUGUGCAUUACCCAUAAAGAGGCAAACUAGGCACGUACUGAUAGUUGCCUCCUCCAGAAUCAAUUGCUUCCGGGAUGCAUGGAGCUGUUUUACUAGCACAGACACUUGUCAAAUGUAUGUUUCCAAAUGUAUGUAUGAAACCACCAAUAAAAAUGUCUAUAGUAUUUUCA